AGUUUACGCAAGUCGGUCGGAUGGUACGGUUGUUCCGUUGAUAAGCUUGAGCGUUACGGAUAGUUACUUGUUUCCAGUUUUGAUUUGUUUAGUUUUACUCGAAUGACCGAUUUUCAGGUGUCGUGUAUAUGAAUUAGUGCGAUUUUCUCUACUGUUGUUUUUAAAAUAAAAAAAAAGUCUUUAAAUUAGUGACGCCUAAACAUACUUGGAUCGAUUUUUACGUGCCUUGUGUUUUACAUUUCUAAUUUCAAUUCGAAGCAACAAAUCAAAAAAUCAUCGUCGUCUCCGUUCGGUGAAAGGUCUUCAGAUUUUUUUUUGUGAUUGCAGCUUAGCAUAUGGUGCGCGGUAUAUUGCUGAAAAAACUUGAUUUCCUAUAGUCAAAUCUGUGAGUGUGUGAGCCAAAUCGAUUUGAAUUGGAUAACGACUCAUAAGCCCAUCAUUGACCUGGAACACAUUUAACAAAAAUGUUCGUCGGAAGAAGACAUUGGAAGCUGUGGUUUGUGAUAGCAUUCGCUUUGGGUCUGCUAGUACUCGGAGUUCUAGUCACAUUUGGAUUUACCACGCUAGUUAGAGCAGUAAUUAAUCAUCAAGUAGCGCUAAGGAAAGGAGGACAAUCUUUCGGAUGGUGGUCAAAACCACCUGUGGAGCCCAUUAUACGAAUAUUUGUAUAUAAUGUCACCAAUGCGGAUGAGUUUUUGAACAACGGUACCAAACCAGUUCUAGACGAGCUGGGUCCUUAUGUAUAUGUGCAAACAUGGGAGAAAGUUAACAUAGUUGAAAAUCCCAAUGGCACAAUUAGUUACAACCAGAAGCGAGUGUAUAUUUUCGACGAAGAGCAAUCGGAAGGUACAGAAGAUGAUGUGGUUAUAGUGCCAAAUAUUCCAAUGCUCAGUGCUACAUCGCAAAGCAAACAUGCUGCAAGGUUUUUGAGGCUUGCAAUGGCUAGUAUCAUGGAUAUUUUGAAAAUCAAACCAUUUGUCGAAGUUUCCGUUGGACAACUUUUGUGGGGUUACGAAGAUCCCCUGCUGAAACUAGCCAAGGAUGUUGUUCCAAAAGAACAAAAAUUACCGUAUGAAGAAUUUGGUCUUAUGUACGGUAAAAAUAGUACAUCAAAGGACAGAGUAACUAUUUGGUCAGGCGUCGACGACAUUACUAAGUAUGGUAUAAUCGACAAAUACAAUGGCAGGUCUCAUCAAACCCAUUGGCUCUCCGAACAAUGCAACCGUCUCAACGGUACUGAUGGGUCUAUUUUCCCACCCCACAUAACGAAAAACACGACAUUGCAUGUAUACGAAAAAGAUCUUUGCCGUCUAUUACCACUAUCCUUUGAGAAAGAGGUGACUGUAAGAAAUGGCGUACAGGGAUACCGCUUCAGUCCCGCACCUGAUGUAUUCGCUUCAGUAGAUAUUAACAAGGACAACAUGUGCUACUGUCCUGCAGGACCACCUUGUGCACCGAAUGGAAUGUUCAAUGUUUCACUUUGUCAAUACGAUUCACCUAUUUUGCUUAGUUUCCCUCAUUUUUAUCUGGCCGACCAGUCUUUGCGAAACGCUGUCGAGGGAAUAUCACCACCAGAGAAGGAGAAACAUCAACUGUUCAUCGAUGUGCAACCGGAAAUGGGUACAGCGCUGCGAGCAAGAGCAAGAAUUCAAAUAAAUCUUGCCGUUAGUCAGGUGGUUGACAUAAAACAGGUGGCUAAUUUCCCAGACAUCGUCUUCCCCAUUCUGUGGUUCGAAGAAGGCAUUGAUUCGCUACCUGAUCCAAUACUGGAUUUAAUGAAGGUGGCUACGACCGUCCCACCAAAAGCCAAAUUUGUUCUUACAAUAGCAUUAUUUGCCAUUGGAGGCUUUCUGUUCGUGAUAGCAGUGUUUUGCCUUGUACGAAAAUCACACCGGCAGAGCACGCUUCAUCUAGAAGGUUCAAACUAUCUAGCGACAGCAUCAAUAGAUCAAGCCAAAAAGAAAGCUAAACUUGAAAAUGGAAGUCACACCAAUUGAAACAUUUUUACCUAACUUAUUUGUGAUUUGGAUAUGAUUCAAAUGUGUCCAUCGAGGCCGUAUGCAAAAAUAUUUAUUUUUAAAUAACAUAACUGGUCUGCAGGAACACAUCGCUUCACAAGUUUGCUCAAUUUAGAAAAUAAAAAAGAACGAAUAAACUCCAAUUCCUGCAGCUCCAAACGUUUGAAUAGACCAUGGUAAACUACAGCAUUGCCUACAAUCGCAUAUUUAACAAAAAGGCAUUGAGGAAAAGGAGCUUGAAGUUGAUGGCUUAUGGUAACAGGUAAAUGGUAAUCAGCUGCAGCACAACACACGCUAUGCCCAAAUCAGCAGAUUAUAAAAAUCGAAUGCAUAUCGGAUUUUUUCUCGCUAGAGAUCAGUAUAUCCAUAUUUUCAUAUUCGGAACGUUUUAGAGUAUUCUAUUGGUGUUUUUUUAUACAUUUUAUAUGGGCAGGUUUAGGUUACAAAUCGGGAUUUUCAUAAGAUUUACUGUGAAAAAUAGCUAAAAAGAAAAAAAAAUCGAAAUUUCACCUAUAGAAUAUUUUAAAACCUUUCAAUUAUGAAAAUAUGGACCAAAUACUAAUCUCUAGCGAUAAAAAAAAAUCCGAUGUACGUUCCAUUUUUAUAAUCUCCUGGUUCAGACAUAGCGUGUAAUAUGCAUUUUUGUUCAAUAGCUCUAAAAAGAUGACUUAUUAUUAAGGGUACUUAAUGAAGUAAAUGUGUCAUAUCAAUGCGAUUGUUAUGCUAGUACGUUAAACAAAACUUUUUUUUUGUUCUGUAGAAUGAUUUUGUAAACUUUAUAUAGUUUUCGCGUAUGCGCGUAACUGCAACGAUCAGUUUACGUUAAAUAGAUUUUUCGUUAAUAAAUUCCACAACAACUGAUUGAAUUUUUCAUAUUAUGACAACCGAUAAAUAGUAAUCUAUAACUGAAGUCACACACAAAUGAUUCAUAAUAUGGAAUUUAUCACACAAAACGAGAUAAGCAAAAAUGUUUUUCGUAUACUUUUCCAGUAGUUGUUUUUCCAGCGCAAUAGAAUAAAGUGCUGUGUUGAGAUUUUUUAUCUUACGAUUACAUUGGGGGAGAAUACUGUAAUACGUACCGAUCAACCUUUUUCAGUCAUCUCCCCGUUCUUAUCCUUAUAUUUCACUAUUGCGCUUCUUGAGAUAUAUUUUAGUUUCUCUCUUUUCUGUGACUGUCAAUCAGUUAUGCGCCAGGGUUAAUCUCUUAUCAUGGACAGCACGCUUAUUUUCCCUGCUAAGAGCAAAUCUGCCCUUAACGGUAGCAUUCAAUCCACACAACACUGUGCGCAACUACCUGGCGCACAAUUAAUAAUACCACAGAAAAAUUAAGAACAGUUUUCGCAACUUUUGUAUUACAUCAUAAACACUUCACAACGGUCAGCUAGUAGACCAGUUUUGACAUUUGUCCUCGUUUUCGUUGACCACACACAAUGGAUCUGGGCAGCGCGUAAACCUGGAGCGUAACUGGCGGGCGCGCAACUAACUCGACGAAAGUAAAAUUUUACAAUAUAUUCGCAAUAUAACCGCUUGUGUUACAAGAUGCGCACACGUUUCUUCUGUCAUAUGCAGUAGAAAGGCUGACUUCCACAGUUUUUCCAAAGGCAAACAGACGUGAAACUGGACUAUUUAAAUUGCCUUAGAAUAAUGGAGCGAUUAUUGAGACAUGAACGCUUGAUGUACCGUUUCUGCGAGGCUCCUAAUUAAGGUUUUUAAAGUCAAAUGUUUGUAAUUCAACAAAUUUGCACAUUUCUUGUUGCCGUAAUGCGUUUCUAGAUAUUUCGACAAUUCAAAAAUAAUCAUCUGGUAGCCAUGUAGCACGAAUAGCGAUUAUGUACAACGAAGCUUGUAGAAGGCACUUACAUGAAAUACAUACCCCUGGUUCUGAAGUAUUAUGAAACAUCGAAAAUUCAAAAUAAUCGUUUGAAGCGUGGUCGAUUUCGUCAGUGUUACUUCUGUUUGUCUAUGGCUUUUAUUUGCAUUU